ACAUUGAACCGAGCCUGCCAGCAAGAGCCCAACAGUCACCAUGAUGCUGAGCACAGAAGGCAGGGAGGGGUUCGUGGUGAAGGUCAGGGGCCUGCCCUGGUCCUGCUCAGCUGAUGAAGUGAUGCGCUUCUUCUCCGAUUGCAAAAUCCAAAAUGGCACAUCAGGUAUUCGUUUCAUCUACACCAGAGAAGGCAGACCAAGUGGUGAAGCGUUUGUCGAACUUGAGUCUGAAGAUGAAGUGAAAUUGGCUCUGAAGAAGGACAGAGAAACUAUGGGACACAGAUACGUUGAAGUGUUCAAGUCCAACAGUGUUGAAAUGGAUUGGGUGUUGAAGCAUACAGGUCCAAAUAGUCCUGAUACUGCCAAUGAUGGCUUCGUCCGGCUUAGAGGACUCCCAUUUGGCUGUAGCAAGGAAGAGAUUGUUCAGUUCUUUUCUGGGUUGGAAAUUGUGCCAAAUGGGAUGACACUGCCGGUGGACUUUCAGGGGCGGAGCACAGGGGAGGCCUUUGUGCAAUUUGCUUCACAGGAGAUAGCUGAAAAGGCCUUAAAGAAACACAAGGAAAGAAUAGGGCACAGGUACAUUGAAAUCUUCAAGAGUAGCCGAGCUGAAGUGCGAACCCACUACGAUCCCCCUCGAAAGCUCAUGGCUAUGCAGCGGCCGGGUCCCUAUGAUAGGCCAGGGGCUGGCAGGGGGUAUAAUAGCAUUGGCAGAGGGGCUGGGUUUGAAAGGAUGAGGCGGGGUGCCUAUGGUGGAGGGUAUGGAGGCUAUGAUGACUAUGGUGGCUAUAAUGAUGGGUAUGGCUUUGGGUCUGAUAGAUUUGGAAGAGACCUCAAUUACUGUUUUUCAGGAAUGUCUGAUCAUAGAUAUGGAGAUGGUGGGUCCAGUUUUCAGAGCACCACAGGGCACUGUGUACACAUGAGGGGAUUACCUUACAGAGCCACUGAGAAUGAUAUUUACAAUUUUUUCUCACCUCUUAACCCCAUGAGAGUACACAUUGAAAUUGGACCCGAUGGCAGAGUUACUGGUGAGGCAGAUGUUGAAUUUGCUACUCAUGAAGAUGCUGUGGCAGCUAUGGCAAAAGACAAAGCUAACAUGCAACACAGAUACGUGGAGCUCUUCUUGAAUUCUACCGCAGGCACAAGUGGGGGUGCUUAUGAUCACAGCUACGUAGAGCUCUUUUUGAAUUCUACAGCAGGGGCAAGUGGUGGUGCUUAUGGUAGCCAAAUGAUGGGAGGGAUGGGCAUAUCCAACCAGUCUAGUUAUGGAGGUCCUGCUAGCCAGCAGCUGAGUGGUGGUUACGGAGGUGGUUAUGGUGGGCAGAGCAGUAUGAGUGGAUAUGACCAAGUUCUGCAGGAAAACUCCAGUGACUAUCAAUCAAACCUCGCUUAGAGAAGGAGUAAUAAACAACAGCAACAAAUAACAGCCGUGCAUUUAUGGGAGUUGACUAGAAUGGGAAUGAUGUCGGGCAUAUCCAGUAUGAUUGGUAAAUGGGAAAUAUCAUUGAUUCUGAUCACUCUUGGUCAGCUAGCUUCCUUUUCUUUUUCCUCCCUCCCUCCCUCCCUC